GGCCGGACUGAGCAGUCGCAGUGGCCAAACUCGCCUCGCCAUUAAACCAACAACAACGUCGGAGAGAGGUCGUAUCGGGACGGGAGCGUCCGUCGAAAACAUCGUGCGUUCUCUGAGUAAUUUUUUUAACGUUUGGGCCGAGUGCUAGCCGGCGUGGCUAGCCGUGAGAAACGAGUGAUAACAAUGUCAGCAGAAGUGCAGGCCGUUGUUAAAGUAGAGAGCAGGCUCAAUUCACCAGUGAAGAGAGGUCAGCCGACAGUUCAGACGAAUCUCACCGCAAAGAGGCCGAAGGGGGAAGACGGCAAAUUCAAGUUCACCAAGAAACGUUCGCAGAUCUUCUCUGGUGGAAAGAUGUUCCCGCCGUAUAAAAAACGGAAAAAAGAAGUCCACAUACCACCAACAAAAUUCCUCCUAGGCGGAAACAUUAGGGACCCUCUGAACCUGAACAGCUUUCAGGAUGAAGAAAUCAAUAGGAGAAUGAACGCAGUGACGCCAGAGUCUUCGCCGUUGCCAACACCUCAGCAUAGGAAAGGCCAAGUCGAGGUGAUAAUUCCGGCAAAUAUAAGGGACCCACUUAACUUAGCAGGAGGCGAAGAAGACAACUAUGCAUACGAAGCUUCAUUCCUUUCAUCACAAACCAAAAGGGUGAAAAAGAAAAACAAGAAAAAAAGACAACGGUCCUCAACAGGUUCAGGAAAAGAAGACAACGCUGAUUUCAAAUCUGAUGAGUCAAAGAGUGAUGAAAUGAUCGUAGAACAAGAGCCUCCAGUCGAGGAGACAGUACAACCUGUUGAGAAAGUUGAAGAGAAGGUCGAUGUCAAAGUGGAGGAAGAGAUGCCACAAACUCCUGUAGAAAUGCCUGCAAAGCCUGUCGUACUCGAGCUGCCAGUCGUACAGGGCGAUUUUGCGCCCAAAGAGGCCACUAAAAGGCCCAAGCCGGCUGACAAAGAAUCACCUGUUGCAGAAAAAGAAAAGAACAAAGUUCGGAAGGUGUUCGACACAAAAGACAAAAUUGUGAGCCCGGUUGUACCACAGCCUGGGGCCUGGGCACCAACACACAGGUUCCGAGGGGGCAAGCAGGCACCAAGACCUGCACAGAAUACUCCAAACUUCAAAGAAAAAAACAAGAGGUUUCAGUAUGGAAAUUACAAUAGGUAUUAUGGUUAUAGAAAUCCAGGACAAGAAGUUGACCCAAGGCUAAAGCUAUUUGCAAAGAUGAACAAUGUUUUUGAAGGAAAGGAUGUUUUAGACAUAGGCUGCAAUACUGGCCACGUUACAAUAAGCUUAGCAAGGGACUUCAAAGCAAGAAAAGUUGUCGGUCUAGACAUAGACAAAAGUCUGAUUGACGCUGCCAAAGCUAAUAUAAGAAAGAAGUACACUAACUCAAAAAAUUUCCCUGUCUCAAUGCCACUAGUCUACGGGUCACUGGAAGUUCCAGGAAUACCAUCUUCUGAAAUGUUUCCUUACAACGUUUCAUUUGUACAGGGCAAUUAUGUUUUGGACAAUGAUGUCCUUAUCGACAUAGAGCAGCCGCAAUUCGAUGUCAUCCUCUGUCUGAGCGUGACGAAAUGGCUCCAUUUAAACUGGGGUGAUGAAGGACUAAAACGGGCUUUUGUCCGCAUGUACAAACAGCUGAGGCCAGGAGGUGUCCUCAUCCUUGAACCGCAGUCCUGGGGUUCUUAUAAAAAUAAAAAGAACAUAACGGAGACCAUGUGGAGGAACUACUCAAAAAUCAAGCUUCUACCGUCAAUGUUCACCGAGCAUUUGCUGUCCGAGGUCGGAUUCAGCAAAUGCGAGGUGAUCGGUGCACCGUUCCACACAGUCAAGGCUUUCCAGAGGCCGAUCAAAGUAUACACGAAGGCGAAGGCAAGCGAGACCCAGGAAGAGGUCACCCCUGAGCCCAUGCAUGAUAUCACAGGGCAGCAGACUGAAAACCUUAGUUGAUAGAACAAUGUAUAAAAAAAAUAAAAAUAAAGAAAGCUUUACUUAAUUGAAUAAGAAAAAGAUGUUUACCAUUUUUAUUUUUAUUUGUUAUUUAUCUCCUCUUUUUUUCUCACACCAAAGAGCUGUGGAUUGUAUAUUUUUGUAAAAUAUAUUUCUUUUCUUCUUAUUUUUUUUUAUUACUUUUUUUUUGUAAAUGGUGUCGAAAUGUAAAUAUUGUAAAUUUAGAAAGAGACAGAUUAUAUUUGUAGAUUUGAAUGUGUAAUCUAAUUGUACAAAAAGCGGCAUUUCCAUCAUGAAAGUGUAUAUUUUAUUAAGGAUAACGGCGUUGAUGAAAUACAAUAAUUGUCACUGGUUAAAAAAAGUGUCUGGACGAUUCAAAUUUUCAAAUAUAAUGAUUUCAUAAUGGGACUGCCUUUAAUUGCUGGAUUUGAAAAUUUGCUAGAAAUACCUAGUUGUUCAGUUUCAAAAACUGAUAUUUUUCCACACAAUUUAAUCAUGUAAAGUAACUGUGCGCAAAUUUAUUAUAUUAUUUUGGCGAGUAAAUUUAAAAUUUUGUAUUUUUUUCCCCCGAAGUCAAAGGAAAAUGUGGAUGUCAGCUUUCCUUUUCUCAUUGUUUUUAGAUUUUAAGUUAAAUUAAGUGUUGAAAAAUUCAGUUACCUUAACAAAAAUGUUACUUUUUGUUUAAUAGAAGACAUCAAAUAAAAUAAUUAGCUUGUGUA